GGAAUGUCCUACACCCGCGCCGAAAACGCCCAAAUCGACAACUGGGAACGCGUCGGCAACAAGGGCUGGAACUGGAAGAACCUGCUGCAAUACUACAAGAAAUCCGAAGCCUUCGAGGUGCCUACCCAAGACCAAACCGCCCAUGGCGCCACCUACGACCCCAAAUACCACGGCGAGAACGGUCCCCUGAAGGUCGGCUGGCCCACCGCCAUGACCAACAGCAGCGUCUUCACCGUCCUCAACGACACCAUGGACCACCUCGGCAUUCACUACAACCCCGACGCCAACAGCGGCAAGAUGGUCGGAUUCACCACCCACCCCGAUACCCUCGACCGCGCCAACAACAUCCGCGAAGACGCCGCCCGAGCCUACUACUGGCCCUAUGAAUCCCGCUCCAACCUAAAGAUCAUCACCAACACCCACGCCAACCGCAUCAUCUGGUCCAACACCACAACCCCCCACGACGACGCCCUCGCCACCGGCAUCGAAGUCACCGGGCCCUACGGCACCGAAACCAUCUACGCCGCCCACGAAAUCAUCCUCUCCGCCGGGGCCCUCCGCUCCCCCGCCCUCCUCGAACUCUCCGGCAUCGGCAACCCCUCCAUCCUCCACCACCACAACAUCCCCCUCACCGUCGCCCUCCCCACCGUCGGCGAAAACCUCCAAGACCAAACUAACAACGCCCUCUCCUGGUCCAGCUCCGACCCCCUCACCGGCCUCGCCACCUUCUCCGCCCUCACCUCCGUCACCCACCUCUACGGCCCCAACACCGCCGCCCUCGCCGCAUCCAUCAACGCCAGCCUCCCCGCCUACGCUCACGCCCUCGCCACCGCCUCCCACGGCGCCCUCAACGAAUCCACCCUCCUCGAAGCCUUCCACCUCCAACACGACCUCAUCUUUACCUCGGAGGUCCCAUACGCCGAGAUUGUCUUCGCCCCCAGCGGUUCCUCCUUCGCCGUGGAAUACUGGCCCCUGCAACCGUUCUCGCGAGGAAGCGUCCACAUCACCUCGAACAAUGCCUCGGAUCUCCCAGCCAUCAACCCGAACUACUUCAUGUUCGACCAGGAUAUCUCUGCCCAGACCGACGUCGCGAGAUUCAUUCGCAAGGCACUAGCUACCGCCCCGUUGAGUGGAAUUGUCGGCGAGGAAGUCUCCCCUGGCACUACCCUCCCUGCGAAUGCCUCCGACGCGACCUGGAAGGAGUGGGUGCUGGAGCAUUACAGACCAAACUACCACCCCGUCGGCACAGCGAGCAUGCUCCCCCGGGAAAAAGGCGGUGUCGUGGACGCAGAGCUGCGCGUGUACGGAACGAAGAAUGUCCGGGUGGUCGAUGCGUCGGUGUUGCCGUUCCAGCUGAGUGGACAUUUGACGAGUACGUUGUAUGCGGUUGCCGAGAAGGCGGCGGAUUUGAUUCGGGGGGGGUAUUAUGGUGCUUAGUUUAAGGUUUUUAAUUAAAGGGGUGGGAGGAAAGAUGUUCUGGUUGUGUGGUUGGGAAAAGGGGAUGUGUUGGGUGAUAGGCUUGGAUGGAGAGGUGGUUUGGGGUUGUAGAUAGAGCAGAC